AACCUUUAAUUUAGUAAAUGAUAAAUUUCAAAUGAUCCAGUAUACCACAUAUCUGUCUGUCUGUCUAUCUAUUUAUAGAGAGCAGCAGUUGAUAUUUUAGUUGCAAUAUUAAAUACAGUCAUAUUCAAUAUUAGCAUAAUGGAACUCGUUUUGUCGGAUUUUCUUGAUCAACUUCUAAGCAUGUUUUAUAAAUACUACGGUAUCCAUCAAGCCCAUAUUCGUGUAUAGAGAUGUUUUAUUGGCCUGGUGGAAUGUUCUAAUCAUAAAUGUUAUGUUUUCAUUGGCUUUAACGGAAAUUUAUAAUUAACAGAAAUAUGAAAACAUCAGUCUGUGUGUAAUUAAUCUAUACAUUGCGCUUAACGUAGGUGAAGCCGAAGUAAUUAAACUUUUCAAUACACAUAAAGGUACGGAAUGGACCCUUAUGUGUGAAAUAUAAAACAGUAGCUUUACAGCAGGCCGUGUUUGUUGUACGCAUGCGCUUUUGAUAAAGCGUGUUGUUGGUUGCCAUGACGACACGUCUAUUAAAGCUUUUAAGGCUGAAGAGACUCGGGCCAGAUUAUGAUAGCAGGUGUUGCCAUACAGACUGCUACGCAGUAUGUAGGACAACGAGAUGGAGAAAUAACAACGAAACAACCCGACAAUCUAAAUUUAUUUCCCUAACUCAUCGACGGCACGUCAUUGCGCAGCCUGUUGGUGAGUGGAAUAGCUAACAUUCAUUUGCAGAUCAUGACUGAGGCAAAUUCAUCCAAGUCUCAGGAGGAUUAUGAAGACGACUUUGAAAAGGAUCUUGACUGGCUAAUCGGUGAGGAGGGCCAAAGUGAACAGGGCUCUGACUAUGGGGACAUAGACGCAGAAAUAGACAAAGAGCUGGAGAAGGAAGAGACCCCAGGAGAAGGGAUAGGAAAUGAAAACAGGGACCAAAAACCAGACCAUGUGGAAGAGGCUGAAGAAAGGUGGCCGUCUCCUAUGGAGCCGUUAGGCUAUGACACAGACAAGGAGAGUACAUCAUUGCCUGCAGAAUCACCUUCUGAGAUAUAUGAGCAGACAGAUGAGGAACAGAUGUACAUCUUGGGUAAAAUCGAGCAGGCCAACAAGGAACUGCAGGAACAGGAAACGCCAGAUAUGACGAGACAGAGACGGCUUCACUUUAAAGACACACUGGUGGACCUGGUGGUGCCCCCACUCCUUCCAGAUAGCAACUCCGAUGACACUGAUGAAGAAAAGGAGAGCGCCUUGAUUGUAGGUGCAGCAUGUGUGGUAUCAGGGAUGUUGUCUAACUUGAUCAUUGACUCUAGUGGACAAGUUAGCAUCAAGGACAGAGCCAUGGUUUCAGAUGCAGAGUCUGAGGUAUCACGGAAGAGGUCCGAGUUAAACACCAGUGAUACCGAAGGAGAAGUCAGCAGCGAGGACAGAGCCAAGGUUACAGAUGCAGAUUCUGAGGUAUCACGGAAGAUUUCUGAGUUAACACUUUCUCCUUAUGACGAAAGCAAGGAAUACAGAAAAUUUAGUGUUGAAGGACUUCAGGAAACUAAGGAGAGUAAAGUGCUUGUGGAAAAAGAUGGUAAGUUUGACCUUGUUAGUAUGAAGGAUAUGGAGAGCCAGAGUCUCCUCCCGCCAAUAGUAAAUAAUGUAGGCAGCAGUACACAGUCGUCUUCUCACCUCCGACCCUCCUUUCAACUGGGCACUGAUCAACGUCAAGCGCCUCGACCUCCGACUGAGCCCAAGGUCAGACCCAGUUCGGCCAGCCAAGGCCAGAAAGGGACCCAGAUGAGAAACGGCAAGAGGCGAGUGCAGUCUGCGACAGGAACUCUUUCCAAGGCGACUUUUGCUCUCUCUCCACAGCAAAAAGAGCUGCUGCAGAAGAUGAAUGAGAGGAAGGAGAGGCUUGCCAGAGAGGCAGAGCAGAGGAAACGUGAGGAAGAGGAGCUAAAGAAACAGGAGAACGAGCAAGCCUUCAAGUCCUGGUUGAUAAGGAAAAGAGAACAGAUUUUUGAGGAGAGAAAGAUUCACCGUGCCAAGGAGAUAGAGAGGACGAAUGCUAAGAGAGACUUCUAUGACCCAGAGGAGGCCUACAGGUCGUGGCUUAAAAAGAAAAAGGAGCAGGUGCAGAGAGAAAGACAGGUUCUGGAGCUCAAGAAACUUGAGGAGGAGUGUAACUGCCUAAUGCACAGCCGCCAGGAGUGUGACCAUGCCUUCAAUCUAUGGCUGAAGCGGAAACAGGAUGAGAAGCGAGCACAGCAGCUGUUAGCCUUAGAGCAAUCCCGCAGGUUGGGAAUGGAGGUGCGGCGUUCGCGCCGUAUGACGGAGCUGAUCUGUUCCGUCAGCAAAACCAGACCCUUCCAGUUCACCGACGAUUCCGCUUACCGCUACUGAGGCAAACAAGCCCCACACACCCUCCUAAUUCAUACACAACAUCUAGCGCUUAUUAAAAAUUGCAACUGAACUUUAUUUUAUCAUAUAUAUAUAUAUAUAUAUCUGUUCGCAAGGUAUGAAUGAAAUAUUGUGUGUA